AUGUUUUCCAUCUGUGUUAUUUUCCCCAAGGAUAGCCCGAUAGAUAAAGACAUGUCAAUCCAUCUUUGGGUGGCAAAUGACUUUAUUGCAUCAGAAACAAGAGGCCAACAAAUUUUCAAUAUGCUAGUUUGUAGAUGUUUCCUCCAAGACGUGAAGAUUCAAAAGGAUCUACUCUCUGCGUAUGAAGAUGAGGAAAUCCACCGACCAACUACUUGCAAGAUGGACGAUCUCAUGCAUGAUCUUGCUGACUCCGUAAGUGGAAAUGAUUGCUCUAUUCUACAAGAAUCUUCAUGUCAUCAAAUUCCGCAAGAGUCCACAUAUGUCAAUUCAUUACAACACGAAGUUCGACAUCUGUCACUUGAUUAUGUGCAUGAUCAUACUAUUGCGACCAUGCAGAAAAUUCUUGCUCCCCGGCCCCGCACAAUAUUAGUUCGAAGGGGGGGUAUGGGCAAGUCAAAAUUCAUAUCCUUACGAGCAUUGAAAACAUGCUAUAUCAGGCCAUAUUUGACAAAUUUGAAGCAUCUUCGCUACCUAGGUUGUUCUGAUUCUUAUGUAUCUGCGCUGCCUGAAGCCACUACAAUGUUGUAUAGCUUGCAAACAUUGAAGCUUAAUGGUUGUAGAAAUCUUCAGAAAUUACCAGAAGGCAUGAAAUACAUGAGCAGUCUUCGUCACAUCUUCCUCAUUGGGUGUAUCAGUUUGGAGUGCAUGCCACAAGGUACUGGUGAACUGAGUUCUCUGUAG